AUGGCGUCUCCACCCUCGCCCUCGACGCCUGCUCGUCGCAUGAGCCGCUUUUCCGAGGACUUCAGCACAGCCGUCACCUUUGGAAAGCCUCAGCGCUGCCGCCACUUCCAGCCUCAGCGGGAGCCGCUGGCUCACCGCUCCGACCUGCGGCCCAUCGAGCACAAGAUCAAUGGCCCGCUGAACGGUCUGAAUCCCACGCGGGCGCACUACAACAUCGUCGGCGAGGGCGGGAAGAGCGUGCACGCCGAUUCAAGUCACGGCGUCUCCUGGAAAUGGACGUCGAGAAACAACCGCAAGGGCCGCCAUGCACUGCAAGUCCAGCCCAUUUCUUCGCCCGCUGUUCAGCACGAGUUGCCCCGGAAAACCACCCACCCCACCCAAAUACUACGUGGUGUGGGCCGCAUGCUGACCCGCUUUCCUGUCUGGGAUAUUUCCUACCUUGUUGCUGUGAUAUUCACUCUGGGCAGCGCCAUCUGGGUUCUCAACGCCUUUUUUGUGCUUCUUCCCCUCGUUCGACCAUCUUCAGAGUUCCAGAAUGAAGUCUUGUAUGGAGGAGGCGUCACAGCCUUCAUAGGUGCGACCGUGUUCGUCGUUGGUUCCGUUCUCCUGCUCCUGGAAGCAGUCAAUGAUGAUCGCGCCGGCUGUUUCGGCUGGGCCGUCGAGCGGCUAUUUCAAGAAGACGCACAGCCCAAUGCGGAGAAAGCUGACGAAGAGUGCCUCGUCGUACGUGUCCACCCCAAAAGCCCUUGCGAUCACCACCACUCCAACAGGAAGAUCCUCGUCGAGUCGGCCACGCACCCCGGCGGCCCCCGCAAGUGGCAGUGGGCGCCUUCCUGGAAAGAUCUCCGCACGCACUAUUUUCGCGAGCUGGGCUUCCUUGCUUCUCUCAUUCAGUUGGUUUCGGCCACGGUCUUCUGGAUAGCGGGUUUUACUUCUCUCCCAGGAAUAUACGACCACAUGUCCACCGGCCUGAGAGAUGGCGUUUACUGGACCCCGCAGAUCCUUGGAGGAUUAGGUUUCAUCCUUUCCGGUACCCUUUUCAUGGUUGAAACACAGGUGACGUGGUGGAAGCCGGCACCAUCCGUCCUUGGCUGGCAUAUCGGUUUCUGGAAUUUGAUUGGCGGUAUUGGUUUCACACUUUGCCCGGCGUUUGGCUACGACCCUAGCAGCUGGGCCCAGUAUCAGGCAGCAUGUAGCACCUUCUGGGGCAGCUGGGCUUUCCUGAUUGGAAGCAUCAUCCAAUGGUACGAGAGUUUGGAUAAAUAUCCUGUGGAGUAUAAGGAUCAUGAUGAAGAGUAG